AUGUCUUCAAGCGAUGCCACGAAAGGGAAAGACGGGCUCAAAAAGCGAUCUGUCGCAGGAUCCUUUCUUUUCAAGUUCCCCCACGGCGACGUGAGGAAGGCCCAAGUAGCCUUGUUUAAACGCAGCGGUAAGGUCAGUACUUACCAGCACAAAUUUGCUCCCAUAUCCGGCAGUGUCGAGAAGUACGAUGCCACUCCACUCGCCACCGCUUUGCGGGAGAUCAACGAGGAGACGGGAUUGACACCGUCCUCGAUCGAACUGUUUCGCGUCGGUAAACCAUACUCUUUCAUCGAUGAGUCUGUUGGUCGCGAGUGGACCAUCAAUCCAUUCGGCUUUCGUCUCAAAGAAAAGUCCGAAGGAGGGAGAGGUGAAGAGGGGAUCACCAUCGACUGGGAGCAUGAAGGAUUUGAAUGGUUCAAUCCAUUAGACGUGAAUGGGUCGGACGAGUUUGGUGGCGUCCCGAAGCUCGUCAAUAGCUUGCGAAGGGUGUGGCCCGAGUACGAUCUGGGCCAGAGAGCGGCUGAAGUCCUAACGUCCGGCCUACAACAGCUGCGAGAUGAUCAUGAAAGCGGUGCUAGGCAGCUUGCCGACCUGGCGAUAUCAACCUUGAGGAAUCUUAUUGUAGAGAUGGAUUCCGAUGUGAUUGAUGACAACUGGUGGGCGAAUAUCCGAAUGGCCGCAUGGCAUAUCUGUCAAACUCGCGAGAGUAUGGGAGCCGCGAUCACUAGUGCUACAGUCAAGGCACUCGACCGAAUUGAGAAAAUAAUCACACAAGACAUACCGACACGAGAGAAGGUUCGGAUGAUUGCCGAUGCCCUUGAGAACCAGUUGAGCCAACGUAAAUAUACGACCGAUCGCAUUCGUGACGCAUUCGUCGACUAUCUCCGCCAACAUGUUAUCCAAUCUAUAGGAUCCAAAGAAACUAUUUCUAUCCUUACACUGUCCUCUAGCUCUACUAUAUCGGCAUGUCUUUUGCAGGCUGCUGCCCGCCUAGGCGUUUCGGUUGACCUUCGUAUUCUAGAAUCGAGACCCCUCUACGAAGGUGUGACUUUAGCCUCGAAGCUGCUCGAGGUAGAAAACGAUUCGGUAGAUUUAAAUAUGACACUCUAUACAGAUGCCUCUUCGGCUCUGGCCGCUGACGGAAUCGAUGUCGUCGUCCUUGGGGCUGACCGCAUUAGCACAUUGGGCGACGUUAGCAAUAAAAUUGGAUCACUCCCUGCCAUUCUCUGCCAGAGACAUGUUGCACCAAACGCAAAGGUUGUUAUACUAAGUGAAACGGAAAAGAUAGCUCGCCCAGGCUUGAUUAAAGAUCACCUGGCGGAGGAAAAUAGCCCAACAGAACUCGUACGUGCGUGGAAGGGAAUCGUAAAAGGUGCUGAUCUCGUCGAAAAGGUUUUGAGUGACGGUGAGCAUGAUGAAGUACGAGGGAAAAGGGUCCGCGUAAGGAAUUCAUACUUUGAAUGGAUUCCUGCUAUCUUCGUCCAUGCUUAUGUCACUGACGAGGGGCUUUGGUCCGUCGAAAAUAUUAUAGAGAGAUCAAACUGGAUCGGCAAGGAGACAGACAGGUUUUUCAAGGAUCUUUAG